AUGUCCACCGCAUAUAUCGCCUCACUUAAUUCUGCUAGAAACCAGAUUGGCUUGUAUUUUGGUAUUCCAGUAUUUAUUAUGAGUGUCAUCGGAGAAGCGUUAAGUAUUAUUGUACUUCUUAGUUUAAAAACAUUCCGACAGAGUUCUUGUGGCUUUUAUCUUCUAAAUAUGUCAAUAUUUAAUCUGAUUCGUCUUUGUCUAAGUUCAGUUUUUGUUAUCAUGUCCAUAUCGUUUGAAAUCGAUUACUCCAUUUCAAUAUUCUUCUUUUGUCGAUUACGAAAUUUCGUUGUUACUACAUGUAACAUGGGUUCAAUUACUUGUUUAGGCAUGGCGGUCAUCGAUCAAUACUUUGCUACCUGUUUUCGUCCACGAUGGCAACAAUGGGCUAAUAAAAAUAUCGCUUAUCGCGUGACACUCAUCACCACUCUAUUUUGGAUACUCAACGGAAUUCUCUAUAUCAUAUUUUUUAACAACAUCUCCCCAACUAGCCGAGCUGCUUGUGCGACGUCCAAUUAUAUCUUUCUUCAAUAUCAUAUCUACGGUUAUUUUAUUAUUUACAAUAAUCUAUUGCCAUUGGUAACAGUUAUAUUUGGCAUGAUGGCUUUUCAUAAUGUACGACAUUUAACACAUCGAACAAUCCCUCUCGUUCGCCGCGAUUUAGAAAAACAAUUAACUGUCAUGGUACUUGUACAAACGACAAUUCAUGUGUGCACUUAUCUACCAUUCGCUACUAUCACCGAGAUGAAUCUCAUCAAUGCUGUUGUUCAUAUCAUUUCCGUUUACAGUAAUGGGUGUUCGUUCUACACAUACGUGUGUGUAUCUCAACGGUUUCGUCGACAGUUUUAUCAUGUUUUAUCUAAGAUGCAUCUUGUGCUAUGUGGUGAAAAUCGAAUUUUUCCAAAUCAGAUCGACGCAUAG